UCCAGCCCGGGACUCAGGGCUUUGUAAUGCUAAUGUCCGGCUAUAAAUAGGGCAGGGAGACCUCUCUGUGAUCACAAUUCACUCUGCUGUCCCAGAGAAGCACUGCUCUCCCUCCCUCCACUAGAAUGGCUCCUACCACCACCACAGACUUCCCUUGCUCUGCGCUCUCCACCAAAGACAAACACAAACUCAGGAAGCCGCUGGUGGAGAAGAUGCGCCGAGACCGCAUCAACAGCUGCAUCGAGCAGCUCAAAGCUCUGCUGGAGAAGGACUUCCAGCAGCAGGAGCCCAACGCCAAGCUGGAGAAGGCUGACGUCCUGGAGAUGACGGUGAUGUUCCUCCGGCAGCAGCUCCAGGCCCAGAGCGCCGCUCCGCACGCCGCCCACCGCCGCGGCUACGCCCGCUGCUGGAAGGAGACGCUCCACUUCCUGUCCGCCAACUCGGUGGAGGAAGUGGCGCUCCCUCGCCUCCCGGCCCUCCAGGCCGCCCAGAAGACGUGGGGGGGCGGCGGGGACCAGAGCCCCCCGUCUCCCCUGUCCUCCGCCCAGCAGCUCCACAGCCUGCAGGGCCCGGAGAAGCAGAGUCCUGGGGCCCCGAGGCCGGUGUGGAGGCCCUGGUAGACCCCCGGACCCCCUCCCUCACCCUGGAUGGAUGUUCUCCGUCGUACAGCUGUACCAGGAUAUGUUGAAAUAUCCCAAUGUUUCAUCAGACGCUCGGUUUGAGGACUGAACGUCUGAUCCGUUACGCUCUCCGAGAAAGAGCGGGAACGGCAUUUUAAAAGUUUACUCCAUGUUGGAGAAACACUUAGAGGAGCUCCUGUACUCAGCGGGUUCCUCCCGCUGUGCGGUCGGCGCGACUCUGUUCCUCACUAUGUCAUGUUGUUUUCAAUGAGGAUGAUCCCGAGGGAUGAUGUCUGUGUCUGGAUGGUUGCUGUGCCAACCGAAGCCCUGCCUUAGACGUUAAGAUUGUAACGUUUUAUCUAUGAGUGGCGUUGAACAUUGUAUGUUUGUGCCUGUGUAUGUAAAGAGAGCAUUGUUGCUCCACAAAGUGAAGUGUUGACACUGAGUGUUGGCUGCUGUCCCUCAGUGAAGAGGCGACCUGUUUAAAAUGUUUCUUGUAGAAACGCCCUUAAAGUACAACUCCAAGCGAGCUGUGGUUGUCAUCAAUGUCUUUCCUAAUGGGAACCGAAUACUGAU